UCGUUCAUUAACUCCGUCGGAUCAGAUACUAUUGCGGUUGCUCCGGAUAUUUUGCUUUCCAUUCAAAAAUUACGAGUUCGGUUUAGGACGUAGACAAUAGGUGGGAAACGCAGAUUUUAAAGCACGCAUUCUACACCACCAACCCAACAACCGGACUUAUGCAAUUGUUUAUAAAAUUAUUGUUGGAAAUUCAAACUCUAGUCUUCCCGGUUUCAAAUCAUCGUACUGUGCUUCUCUCUGCAGCUGAUUUCGUCUUGUUUAUUUAAACGCCUUUAACUGUGUUGCGUUGGCAAAUAACUUGAAUUUCAACUUUUAAUUGAGUGAAGCACAGUGAACUAAAUAAUUUGAGAAAAUGUCCAUUAACCUACGAACUGUGUACGCGUUUGCAAGGGAAAUGUAUCCAAAGAAGUCUUCAACACCAGUACAAUAUGGCACCGCUGGAUUUCGUGGCAAAGCUGAAUUCCUAGAUAGUAUAAUGUAUCGUAUGGGUGUCUUGGCUACACUACGUUCUCGUAUUCGUGGCGGUGCUGUUAUAGGUGUCAUGGUUACUGCCUCACACAAUCCGGAGCCGGACAAUGGAGUCAAAUUAAUAGAUCCAAAGGGUGAAAUGCUAGAGGCCAGCUGGGAAUCUAUCGCCACUGAUUUGGCCAACGUUGAGGACAGUGAACUGGAAGCGCAUGUUGCGAAAAUUAUAAGCGAUAAUAAAAUCGAUGUAGGUUCAUCGUCGAAUGUUUUUGUCGGAAUGGAUAAUCGCUAUCAUAGUCCACGUCUUCUAAAAGCUGUAGCUGAUGGAGUUAUUGCGCUGAAAGGAAAUGUGCGUGAGUUCGGUAUUGUAACUACUCCCAUGCUGCACUUUUUUGUAGUGGCAGCUAAUACGAGAGGAUUAUAUGGGCAACCUACCGAGGAGGGCUAUUACCGAAAGCUUAUCACUGCGUUUGAGACUUUACGUGGAGGAAAGCUGGAGAAUGGCAAUUAUCGUAAUAAGCUAGUAUUCGAUGGUGCAAAUGGUGUAGGUGCACGCAAGAUGCUCCAGUUCCUCAAGCGUAUGCAUAAUUCCCUGCAGGUAGACGUAAUUAACAAGGGUGAUGGAAAGAUCAAUGAGAAUUGUGGUGCUGACUAUGUGAAAUUGAAGCAAGUGGUGCCUACAGGCAUGCCAAUUGUGGAACCAUUUACGCGCUGCGUGAGCGUAGACGGUGAUGCCGACCGUGUCGUAUACUUCUUCACCGACGAUGCAGGUCAAUUCAGACUAUUGGAUGGCGAUAGAAUUGCCACGUUAGUGGCCGAUUUUCUAAUGGAUAUGGUGAAGCGUUGCGGGCUUAAUCUGAGUAUGGGUUUGGUGCAAACGGCGUACGCCAAUGGAGGUUCGACCGAUUAUAUUUCCAAUACCUUAAAAGUACCAGUGGCUUGUGUACCCACGGGCGUAAAACACCUCCAUCAUAAAGCCCUACAAUACGACAUUGGUGUAUAUUUUGAAGCGAACGGCCACGGUACUGUUAUUUUCAGUGAAAAUGCUAAAAGUCUGAUAAAGGCAUCAUCCGAAAUGAGCGCCGAUGCGAAAUCGUUAAUGCAAAUUAUGGAUCUCAUCAACGAAACUGUAGGUGAUGCUAUUUCCGAUAUGCUUCUGGUCGAAACGAUACUAAACCACAAGGGUUGGGACGUGAAAGACUGGCUUGCGACGUACGAUGAUUUGCCCAAUCUACAAUUGAAGAUCAAAGUUCAGGAUCGUAAUUUGAUUACAACAACCGAUGCGGAGCGAGUUUGUGUUACACCAGUAGGUCUGCAAGAGGCCAUCGACAAGGUUGUGGCCAACUACAAACGUGGCCGCGCAUUUGUACGACCAUCAGGAACAGAAGAUGUUGUUCGCGUUUAUGCAGAAGCUGCUACAAAGGAUGAAACUGAGAGUCUUGCCUAUGAGGUGGGAAGUUUAGUGCAACAGUUGGCAGGCGGCGUGGGACCUGAGCUUAUACAUCCUGGAAAAAUAAUUAGUGCUCAUAUCUAAAUUCAAAGUAAUGUUUCGUACACCCUGCCGUCUAUGCAAAAAGUUCUAAAAUAAUCAUGAUAUACAACGAUAUCUUGUCUAAAGUUUACUUAUAUUACUUACUUGCCUUCUUUAUGAUUAGUUAGUAAAAAUAAUAUUUACAAAACCGUUUGUCUCUUUUUCAAUAGUUUGUUUGUUGCUGCAAAGCAUAACUCGAUUUUACUACUUCAUCUUUAUAUGCAAUAGUGCGAUUAAAACUGCCUUUAGACUUUUUAAAAGUAAAAUACAAUCUUAUAUUCAUUACAGAUAUAUGAUAUGUUGAAUUAUUUGUGCAUAAGUGUAUAUACACAGAUUGAUGUGUUCAAUCAAAAUAAUGCCUUUUUUAAUUUAUGUGCAUAUUUAGUGUGCUUACGUCUGCAACCAAAAGAUUGCACGCAUCUCUUUUACAUUGAAAUUGUUUUGUUAUCGUAUUUAUUUUAGGUAAUAAAAUGCAUAAGUAAAAUAAAAAUGUUAACGACA